ACCAAGUGAGAGUAUGAGGAGAUUAGAGAAAUCUGAUGCACUGAGAAGAGAAUUUCCGUAAAGCUAAAGACGAGAGCUUCUAUGUAAUAUUCGUAUUCUGUCGAGAGCCAUGAUCUAUCAUCUGAUAGGCUGCUGUGGACCUUCCGGGAGCGGAUGAGCGAAGUGAGUCAAUUACCGGAGAGCAUGUAGAAGCCGUCGAUGUAGUUAAAAUGUUAGUACUAGCGUGAUAUCUAUAUCUUGGAGGUUGAUGUCGUGACUGUAGUAGGAGGUGCGUCUUCGACCUUGUUGUUGAUCAGCUUGGCAAUUAGUUUCUGGCAAUUUUCCAUCAUAACAGUUUCAAUAACAAUUUAUCGUUCUUCAGGAUACGCAUUUUCCUUUCCACUUAGACCCGAAGAACCCACUCACAAAUAUUCUUGAUCAAAUUAGCGAUAUUUCUAAUCCAAAUUUGAAUUUAUCCCCAUUUUUCGCUUCGUUUCUUGAAUAGAAGUGAGUUAUCACGACGUGAAUCCUCCAAAGAACCUCGUCCUCUUCCCGGUUGUUUCCUAGCCUUCAAAAGAGCUUGAAUCUUCAUCAUCUUUUUUAUCGAAGUCAAUUCCUUUUCCUUGCAGUAGGAACUACGAACUAGUUGAGAGUUGAAGUAUUAUUUGCGGUAUUAAACAUAUUACAUACCCAUACGUUUACGUACAUCAGCUGCACGUAUCGUACCAAAACGAACCUUCUCCUUCAAAAAAAGUACUAGAGAAACAAGAUGGGCGCUCCCGGAGACGGAACGCCGCCGCUGAAGCCGGUGCCCAAGAACAAGAUUUCACCGGAGCGGCAAAAGAUGAUGAAGAAGACCAACAGUCAAUUAAUGAACAACCCGGAGCUAGUGGCCGAAUUGGCACGCAAGGGGAUGGUAAAGAUCGUGAAGGAACCCCGACCGGUAGUGCCAUGGAACGCCCAAGCGAACAAGAGAAAGAAGAAGGAGAAGGGCAGCUCCUUUUUGUCCAAGUUCAGCUUAGGUGGCGGUGAGGAGGACCAAGAGGAAGAUGACGAGGACGACGCGGGUGCACGAGCAGAAGAGGAACAGAAAAUGACGCAGUCUCGAAAAAAGUUCUUCUGCACACGAGUGGCGGUUCCGUUCGUCGUCUUCACCGUUGGCUUCACGCUCUUGAUCGUGUUCCUAGCAACUCUCAUCAACGUGCUCAACAGGGACGAUGGUACUAGAAAACUUAAACUAGUACUUAUUAGGUUUUGUCACCGUUUAUUACAGAAGCAGUGACUAGUAAAAAACAUUGAUCUCGAAUUUAAUACAAGAACUGCCUAAAAAUCGUCUUUCACAUUCAAUUUUACUUAGGUAAAUGCACAACGAUUCGAUUCAAGCGGGGAAAAGACUGCAAAGAUUGUUCUUUUGAGAUCGCAAUAGAUGGAUUGGACAAGACCGGCUUUCUCAACGUCAGAUUCACUGAAGAAGGAAAACCGGAAAUGGAAGCCUAUCAAGGUAUUCAAUGAAUACUAUCCAUCAAUCACUGGUGGUAGUAAUAUGGGCAUGUAGAACUUAUUUACAUAGAAGAUACUUUUUUGUUCUUCAAAUCCAAGAGUACAACUUAAUUGAUUUAGUACGAAUUCUUUCAUACAUUCUACAAAAUACGUGUCCACCUCCACGACAGAUCCCGAAUUUAAGUUCCUUUGCUCGUUGUAUUAGUAUAGAUGCCGUAGAACAAAUUGGAAUGUAAAAUGGGUUAUGACUUUAUUAUCUAUAAUCACAAACACAAACUAACAGGUUGCGGAACCACUGAUUGUUGCGCAUUUCGGACAUCGUAUGAUGCCGAUACCGGAGACAGCACUUUCUGCGACGCAGCUCCUUGGGAUUGCAAUUUUCGGGUACUAGGGCAUAACGACUCUGUCGAUUUAAUGUAGUCUAUCUCUUCACCAUCCAUUGUUGUUGUUUCCUAGAUAAAGUUGAUCAUUCAGAUUAUUUUUAGCUUCAGCACUAGCCUCCACAAGCUUCGCCCGGCUUCAGGUUAGUUUAGCACUUUUCUGCGGCCUCCCACGGGCUACAGCCGCUAGAGUAGAGACAGCCGGCGGGUGAGCUGAUGCACCUUACGAAUUGACUACGACAAGAGCCGAGUGCCGGCGGUGGCCGACUCAGAUGCGUCGACUCAUGUGCAGGGCAUUGCGCUGCCUUCGGUUUUUUUUUUGAGAUUGCCGGGCGGGUCAUGCAAAUUCUUAAGAAUUUGCAAGACCCCCACGGCAGUCCAACAAAAAAACCAGAAGAGAGCCACCAGACACGCACAAGAAUCCGCAAGCCCCAACGCACGCAAGCGCCUCGCGGUGGCGCCAGGCAAGAACGAGGGGCGACCUUGAUGGGCCAAACAAGACAAAGCAACGCAGGGCCGCGCUGCUUGGGUCUCUCUACGCGCUUACACCUGGCGGGGCUUCUUUGUUUCGUCAGAUGUCUCUCGUCAGAAACAGGCGGGCGCACUUCGCGGGGUCGUGCGGCGUCGCGCUUCGGGCUGUGGCUGAAGCCUCUCGGCUGGCUGACGUCUUUCACCAAGCUGGAGACUAAGGCCCUCCAUCAGGCUGAUGCCGUUCGUCAGCCCAACGCUCUGCGCCAGGCUGGCGGCGUUCGUCGGGCAGGCCGGCGCCCCUCGGCAGGCGUCUUGGGUCAGGCUGAGGCUUUUCGUCAGGGUCGGGCGACGUCUCUCGUCAGGCUGAAGCGCUUCGCCUGGCUGACAUUCCUCGCCGGGCCGAGACUCACGCCUUUGGUCAGGUUGAUGGCUUGCUUCAGCUCGGCGCCGUUCGUCAGGCUGAUGCACUCGCCAGCCAGGUGAGGCCUCUCUCCAGACCGGCGCAAUGCUUCGCCAGGCGUCUGCCUUGCGUCGGAGGGAACAGGCUGAGCGGGGCCUUUCUUCGGGCUGCGGAUGUCUUUCCUUCGUAAGAUUGACCCCGUUCUUUCGUCGGACUGACGUGCUUCGCCUUGCAAGAAUUCCAGCCCAGCAAAUGCAUCCCCGAAAGCUUCCGAAAGUUACCGUAAAAGCAAGCUGGCAACUUCUAAAACUCACGCCGAACCCCAGGCGGGGCUUGGUCCUUAGGGGUCUGUGUGUGUUCUUCAUUCUGUUGGCAUCUCACCCCUGGGGUGGUUUUCUUGUAUCUCAGUCGCCUGCGCUGCUCUGCUGUUUCCCCAUGGCUGUCAGCCCUUCCGCUCUUCUAGCUAAUAUAUGAGGCGCGCGCCUUCGUGAAGUUGUAGGGGGGUCGUAUUCGUGCAAUCACGUUUGCGAUUUGGUUCGCAGAGCCGCGCCGCUACUGGUUCGCUCAGCUGGCGGCCGUGGUUGGGUGCGCUUGUCGCUGGGUGUGGUCUAUUAUCAGCAGGUGGCGCCUUGUGUUCGUGGCUGGGCCUCUCUGUUCGCCUGGUGCUGGUGCUUUGGUGGCUUCGUUGCUCUCAGUCUUAAUACCGGCUGGCGUUGGCUGUGCUGCUAUCGUUUGCCUGGUGGUGCCUUUGGCCGUGGGUUGCGCUGCUGGUUUGCUUCUAGAAAUGGACACCACUCGGGUGCCGGUGCGUGGGUAGGAGCUAGGGGCAGACACCCACGCGGGGGCCAAUCAGUAGGCGUGGCGGUUUUGGCGUCGGUCUCCGCCGGCCUCCGUUGGCACUGGCAGCCCCCUACCCAAGUAGGCCCAGCGUGCGCGUUGAAAAUGAGACCAGUCCAACUAUCAGCCGGCUGGCGCUGGGGUGGAUGCCGUGGGCAGCCAGGAGCGAGCCGCCCACUCACCGGAGUGUUCGCUCGACGGAGAGGCGCGGCCGAGGUGCUUCGACUUAUCUCUGGCGCAAUACCUCACCAGCGAUGGCAAGCCUGUCGCCGAGUGAUCAGCGCAAGAUGGACGGGGGGGCGCUGUCUCUAACUCUACCAGUCUGCUUGGGAGUGCGUAGCCAUGUGCGCAGCAAUCUGGCUCAUUAGGUAGCUACCCUCUCCCGGUCUUCCUCGCCAUUCUAUCCAAGUCGCGCCGAGGCGGUCCCGCUCUCGCUCUUGUUCGUUCAACUCAUGGCAUUCCUUCGCCCGUUCUGUCUCACUCUCUGCCAGUCCUCGCCCUCGCCUCUUGUGAUAGAUUGAGGGACGACGGGCGAAAGACUGCGAGCGGGUGCAAGUCAUAUACUGACUGCGUGAGAGAGUGCGGGUAAGCCUCCUACGCUUCCACCCGUCAGCCUCACUCAUUUGCUGGGCAGAUUGCUGGGCCCUUCCUCUGUCUCUGCGCGCGCGUCGCUGUAUCGUAUUGCCCUGGCAGAGUGGCGCCGAAGAUGUGCAUGCGCGCGGGGUCUUCUUUUGUGACUUUGAUCUCCCACGUCGGUCCACCGGCUUGCUCUUUCUUGCGAGUUCGUUGGAGAGAGACUACACAAGAACGAAAGCCAAGGCCGAGCCAGUCUACCUAAGAAAGAGCGCACACCAGUCAAGCAACCAACGCAACAAGAAAGAAGACAGGCAUGAGGUAGGCGCUAAUGGCACACAAUCAGGCACAUGGCCAGGGGCUGCCUGGCUACUGAUCCCCGUUCGGCAUUUGUGACGGCUCCGAGAUCUGUGGGCAAGGAAGGUCGAGCGCCACUGCUUGACGCGGCGAGGCUUUCACUUCCUCGCCCUCGCGUGUGAAGGGCCAAAGCGUGAAAGCGGCAGAGACAGCCGGCCAAUCUGACAGACACCGGCAGAGGCUGGCAGACUGGGUGGGGGACUCGCUCCGCGUCUGUGGCUCAGACAGUCUACCAGGGGGGGCGACUGAGUGACCAGCCUGGGGGUGGAAGCAUAUAAGAAAGCCAGCGCUGGCCAAUCUUUGCAAGCUUUUCCCUGUGGGUGUGGGGGUCGUUCGAUCACUCACCUCCUUAGUUGGCGGGGGCGAGCGCCUGGCCCUGAAGAUCGACAGACGCGCGUGAGAGAGUGCAGGAACCAGCGGCCGAAAGACUGACCGAGCGAGGAGCGCGCCCAUGCGCGUAGUGUGUGGCGCAAAGGCGUCCAAUGUCCACAGGGUGGGUGACUAGCGUAAGUAGCUGGCUCGGAGGGUGGGAGGGACGCCCGGGCCAUGCGUGGACUUUUAGGCCGGUGUAGCUUGCUUGCCGUCCGUGUGCUCUUCUUUCUCUCUCUCUCUCAGGUCGGGCACCGUGCUCGCUGCGGUGGCUCGCGCGUCCCCUUGGCGGCUCGCUUCGUUGUGUGUCUGUGGCAGAAAAAGCCGUGCGGGAUUUUGUUAAAGUCCGCGUCUUUUGUUCGUUGGCCUGCUGUUUGAUUUUGGUGAAAAAGACGGCAAAAAAAUCAACAAGCGCCGACAAUUUCCGACAAUUGCCGAAAGUUUUUGAAGAUCCGAAAGCUGCCGAAAGUUCCCGAAAGAUUCCGAAGAUGUCCGAAAGGUGCCGAAAGUUGCCGAAAAUUGCCGAAAGUUGCCGAAAGUUGCCGAAAGUUUCCGAAAGUUGCCGACGUUUUUUUCUCGGAUAUUGUCGGAAACUUUCGGCAAUUUUCGGCAACUUUCGGCAAUUUUCGGCAACUUUCGGCACCUUUCGGACUUCUUCGGAAUCUUUCGGGAACUUUCGGCAACUUUCGGACUUUCGGAAACUUUCGGCAGUUUUCGGACAUUGUCGGCGCCUGCUGGCUUUUUUGCCGCUAUUUUCACCAAAAUGAAAAACCGAACCAACAAGAGACGCGGACUUUAGCAAAAUGGGUGGCCGGCGCCCUUGUGCAGCAGUGGGCCUCUCUGAGAAUGUACCAGAACAAGCCUGGGCCCCCGACCGCCUCAUGGCGUGGCUAUGUAGCGUGGCCGCUCGUGUCUGACCUGUCAGACUGCUCGCUGCGCAUCUAGCUACGAAGCUGCCCCGGAGCUUCUAUCUAAUGCAUGGGCGCAAGUGAGGACAAAUAGCUUGGGCGCCUUGUCGUUCUUCCGAAGUCAGUGAGCUGGCUGCGUACGUCUUUGAAUAUGCCACGCAUGCACCCCCGCCCGUCGUACCAGCGCAGCACCCAAGGGGGGAACGCAUGCAAGCGCGGCCAGCCAGGGGCGACCAACCUACUCAGGGCCUAGCUAGCUGCGCUAGCAAGCUGCCUAAAAAGAUAGGCGUGCGCGCUGAAUGAUAGCAAGCAGCAAGCGGCGAGCGAGUGAGGGAGCAGCCAGGGGCCCAACCAUGGGCGCACAAAGCUGCUUGGUAGGUCGGCUGAGUGGCUCGCCCCGUCAGACAGUCACGCGCCCACGCCUCCACAGAGGCAGGCGCCUGACUGGUUGGCCUUGGUACGUAGGUAGGCAGGUAGGCACGUCGUGCGUGAGCGAGCGCGGGAGGCUGGCUCCCUCUGUCCUCCCCUGCAAGCAUGGACGAAGCAAGCAAAGAAACAAAGAGGGAGGAACGAUGAAAGACGAGCCGGCCACAGACUGACCAUCUCACUCAGGUCUACCUUAAAAAGAAAGGAAGCGCGUUCGCCUUCGUUCCCUCCGACGUCGAACGGCCUCCCAGGUCAGUCAGCCAGCGGCUGAGCGGGCUUGUCGCUUCUUUGGGGGGCUCGCUCUCCUUGACCCAUCCACCGAGCGGGUGCGCGGGUUGCCUUUUUGAGUUUCUUCCCAUCCGUACCGCUUCAGUUUGUCAGCCCGACGCGCCUGCGACUGCGUUCUGGGCUGGUAACUAGGCAGCCACUGGGAACUGGUUCGCUAUGCUAGAAAUAAGACACACGCAACACCACAGAGGGCGGGGCGCCCAGACGGGGGGACCAGCUGGCAGCGUGUGACCGAAGGGGGCGGGGACUGUCUGAGCCAAUGCAGGCGCCACCUUGUGCGAAUUCUUUAGAAGCCAGCCAAGUAGCCUGCUUGGGUGUGUGUUCAUAAAUCAAUAUGAAUGAGCGCGCUCGGCUUGUCUUAGUUAGUAUGAAUUUCCUCGGCUUUUCUCACAGCUGGCCCCUGGUCUCUGUCUGUGUCUCCUCCGCUGGGUGUCUGUCAGUGGCAGACGCCAGCCAAGCACGUGAGAGGGCAGCUUGCUCCUACGGCUGCUCCCGCUUUCUUUUAUCCUAAGGGGGCGGGGGGGGCAAGCUGGGCGACGGCGACCGUGGUACGCAGCUCAAACUCAACGGCAGCGGCGCAGUUGGUAAACACAUAGAAAAGAGAGACGCAAGCAGAAGCACAGAACAACGGGCCCACGCAUGCGCGACAUGUCCAACAAUCGACUACAUACCUAGAAGGCCCCGCGGCUUUUCGGUCGUCAGUCAUGGUCUGGCGUGUAUUUGCUAGCCGGUUUUUUGGUUGUGUAUAUACACUCGGCAGAUGCGUGCAUACUCGUAGGGGGAAGGCAGUGCCAAGAAGGGGCGGGGGACUUCUUCAGAAGCGCGCUGGUAGGCUGCCGAGAGCCAGCCAGAGCGCGCAUGGCUGUCAAGCUCAGACCGACAGAACGAGAGAAGAGAGACGACGAGAGCCGAAGAAGAGAAGAAGCGACAGCAGCAGCGUGCCGGCUUGCUUCGCUGUUGCUUCUGAGUAGACUACCGAACUGACAUCCAUCCAGCGGGGUGCCACAUUCAGAGAGGUGCCGAGCGUAGUACUAGGCCCACCCGCUUAAUAUAUUAAAGCGAUGCGGAAAAGACAGACAAACCGAGCACAAAGAAAAGCGAGCCAAGCGGGCCCAUGCGUGGCGCUUGGCCGCACUUGGUGACUGGUGGGCCAGACUAACCACCUGGGCACACGCUGGCCGCACGUGUUCGGCUUGGUAAGGUUCAACACCUUCACCAAAUGCGUCGCGGCAUGCUUGGGCGCACCACAGUCGUGAACCCGCUGCAGAAGGCUAGCCCGCACCCGCAACGCGUGGCCCCCUUGCUGUGUGUCAUGGUGUAGGGCUUUUUGCGGUUUCUCUUUAUGUUGCUGGCCUGUACUUUCGGAAACUUUCGGAAGCUUUCGGCAGUGUCGUACCGGGCUGCUACUUCUUGCAUCUGAUCGCGUUCGCCGGACUGACGUCCUUCGCGAAAGGUCUUCGCUAUCUUCAAGGGCCUCGCGCCACAGGGAGGCCUCGCGUCAGUUUUUCUGGCGGAGGUCGUUCGUCAGAUGUCUGCUGUCGCGGGUCUCACUCUUGUCGUGUCGGAGGUCUUGGGCCCAAAGGUCGUCUUUGGUCCACGCACAGGUCGCCGGUGGUCCACAGUCAGGCCGCCUGUGGCCCAAAGGUCGUCUUCGGUCCAAAGGUCGGCUUUGGUCCAGAGGUCGUCUGUGGUCCAGAGGUCGCUUUUGGUCCAGCGGCCGUCUUUGGUCCAAAGGUCGCCUUACUUUGGUCCAAAGGUCGCCCUACUUUGGUCCAAAGGUCGCCCUACUUUGGUCCAGAGGUCGAAGGGUCGCCUUACUUUGGUCCAAAAGUCGCCCUACUUUGGUCCAGAGGUCGGCGCACUUUGGUCCAAAGGUCGGCUUACUUUGGUCCAAAGGUCGGCUUACUUUGGUCCAAAGGUCGCCUUACUUUGGUCCAAAGGUCGCCUUACUUUGGUCCAAAGGUCGCCCUACUUUGGUCCAGAGGUCGCCGCACUUUGGUCCAGAGGUCGCCUGUGGUCCCGCGGUCGUCUUCGGUCCCAAGGUCGUCUUUGGUUUCAAGGUCGUCUUUGGUCCCAGUGUCGUCUUAAGUCCCAAGGUCUCCUGUGGUCCAGAGGUCGCCUGUGGUCCAAAGGUCGCCCUUGGGUCAAAGAUCGCCUUUGGGCCAAAGAUCGUCUUUGGGUCAAAGAUCGCCUGUGCUCCAAAGGUCGUCUUUGGUCCAAAGGUCGCCUUUAGUCCGAAGAUCGCCCUUGGUCCAACGAUCGCCCUUGGUCGAAAGCUCGUCUUUGGCCCAAAGAUCGGCUUUGGUCCAUGUGUCUUUGGUCCAAGGUCUUUGCCCUUUCGGUGGGCGGUCUUUCGUUGGCUGUCUCUCUUUGGACUUUUCUCCCCAGCUUGCGCCCCCACCCCCGUCGGCCAUUUUUCUGCCUUCUUUUCUGGUGGUCUGCCACGGGGCCGCAACGUAAAUCCCAACAAGGAAACGGCCGGAGGCUAUCGGGCUUGAGACUGAGGGGAAAGGGCAGGAGACUAUGGGCAAUAGCUUCGCGAAAGAAGCUGACUAAUCUCCGGUGGGUUAGGCGGGGAGUUUUAUGGCGGCGAUCAAUGGCGAGAUUAAUAAUAUAGAUUAAUAAUAUAGAUUAAUAAUAUAGAUUAAUAAUAUAGAUUAAUAAUAUAGAUUAAUAAUAUAGAUUAAUAAUAUAGAUUAAUAAUAUAGAUUUUUUUUUUGUUAUGUUUUUUAUCUAUCAACUUAUAAUAAUUUACAUCUUCUACCAUCUACAUAUCCUACCAUGAAUACAACAGUUGGCCGGUGGCGACAUGCCGCAGGACUUGCAGGAGGGACAGCUGGUUGUGCGCUACAUCCCGCUUUACGUUGGCAUGGUCUUCAUCUUUUUUCUGUGGCCGAUCGUGACGAUAUACAACACAGUGAAGGACAACAAGUACAUGGCACAACUGCAUGCGAACCUAGAAAAGGCCAAGAACUUCUCGGAAAAAAAGCGCAAGGGAACCGAUAACCGCGCUGAUGCGGAUCCGGUCUAGGUUUUUUUUUCCACAAAACGACUACGACAACGACUAGACCUAGUCUAGUUCAUCUAGAUGACAAGUUGUAGAAAAAGAAAGGUGGAAUAAAGCAAGAUGAAUCGGAGGCGAGGAGAAGCUGAAUCGGAGCCAGAGAGAAGAAGCAAGGUGGGAACGGUCAACAAGGUGUGACCGCUACCUUCAUCUUCCAGGUGAAACUAUUUAGUCGCAUAAGUUUAAGCAUGUAUACAUAGUAAUUGCAUAGUUUGUCAUCACUCAUGGAAAAUUAGCCAGCAUGAUAGGUUGUAGAAUUAUAACCGAACAGUCAGUUUAUAGAUUUUAGAUGAAAAUGUAGAUCUAUUCAAGAACAGAUAGCAGGGAGUGACAGUAUAAUAUCACAAUGAUUAACAAUGAGAAACGAUUAACAGUACAAGGACACGGGUUAUUUAACGCAAGAACGUCGUACGCAUGGGCAUGUUUUUAUAUUAUUUGGCAUAUUAAUUUGUACUUCAGAAUUCUUGGGAUUGGGUCGAAGAUUUGAAAAUAUCGAAACGAUGAAAUUAUGGUAAUAUUCUAGCAUAAGCAUAUAUCUUACAAAUGUAGCAACGUGGUUAUGGUAAUAGUUUGUCAACGUUAGAAAAUGAUGAUAUAAGAUAUUGAUAUAGAUUGUACUGAAGAGGUGGCCUCAAAAUCUAGUGCAUGUUAAUAUUAUCCAACAUGAAUUUAUCUUGUUGAAUUCCUAGAAGAAGGACUUAUAAUUGAUGACGAAGUUGAUGAUAGUGGCGUGACAUGAAGGACAUAACUAAUAUUAACAGGCGCAAAGUUCUGCUCGAUGCCUGCCAAUAUAGAAAAUAUCAUUGCUCUGGGCCAUAACAAACACUUAGUGAUGAAGCCACUUAAAGUGAGCAAUGAAUGGUUGUUAGUAUGUAGUUAUUGUGCGUGCGGAACGUGCUUGCGGGUUGUGUGGUGCUGGUCAUGGCGAAGCUGCAUCUCUUCUCGUACGAGCUUGAGUUGGAUACAGAGCAGGUAGAACACAGCACAAUCCUAACGAACCAACCGCAUGUAACAAUGAUCAUACUAGACAGGAUUUGUCAUCUAUAAUUAGUGAUCUCUUUGAAUGGUGGAGUACUAGUACACCUCGUUGUGCUGGUGGCACUGCUGGUACUGGAUCUAGAUCGGUCAUCUCCUACUUACUAUUUUAUUGCAGACAAAGAUGUUCCCACCAAACUCCUCCCCCAUUAAUAAUCCCUGAAAAGAACUACUGCAAACAACAAAAACGCCUAAGCAAUGACUUGGUGAGACGCUUCUAGGUCAU